AGCCAUCUUGCUCUUGCCGCGUGCUGGUGUUGGAGGACCCUCCCAGCUUCAGAUUUACCAACAGCAUGAAUCAAGAAAAGUUAGCCAAACUUCAGGCUCAGGUCUGGAUAGGGGGCAUGGGUACAGCUCGCAGAAAGAAGAAAGUGGUACAUAGAACAGCUACAGCUGAUGACACAAAGCUUCAGAGUUCUCUGAAAAAACUGGCAGUGAAUAAUAUAGCUGGCAUUGAAGAGGUGAACAUGAUUAAAGAUGAUGGGACAGUAAUUCAUUUCAACAAUCCCAAAGUCCAAGCUUCCCUCUCUGCUAACACCUUUGCAAUUACUGGUCAUGCAGAAGCCAAACCAAUCACAGAAAUGCUUCCUGGAAUAUUAAGUCAGCUGGGUGCCGACAGCUUAACAAGUCUUAGGAAAUUAGCUGAACAGUUCCCACGACAAGUGUUGGACAGCAAAGCACCGAAGCCAGAGGACAUGGACGAGGAAGAUGAUGAUGUCCCUGAUCUCGUAGAAAAUUUUGAUGAAGCAUCAAAAAAUGAAGCCAACUAAAUCUUUUCUGGUUUUUGGAAGCUGGCAUGGACUAGAUUUAACAAAUCAGCUAUGUGGUUCCAAUGUUUUACCAACACAGAGAACAUCAUCUGUUAGUAGUUCAGUAAUAUAAUAUUUUGUAUAUUAA